GCUUGGCCAUGGCACCGCGCAAGACUGGGCCCGGCUUGGUGGCUGCCUGGGGCCCUGACAGCCAUGUAUGGAGCAGCAGUGCCGGAGUGAUGGGCUGAACCCAUGGCAGGAAGCAGCACCUGUUCAGGCGGGCGCCCAGCAGCCCGCUGGGAGGCGUGAAGGCCCAUUUCAGUGGGGGCAUGGCCAAAGCGUUCUUCAGGCUGCAGAAGUUCCUUCGGCGGACCCAGUUUCUGCUCUUUUUCCUGACUGCCGCGUACCUCAUGGCUGGCAGCCUCCUGCUGCUGCAGCGCGCCCGCCUCGCAGCCCAGCAGGGACCACGCGGGGCCUCAGGCCUGGCACUGCCAGGGCCAGACACGGGGCCGGGAGCCAAGGCUGCAGACCCUCGCCUGGCGCAUAGCCCUGGUGCCCAGCUCCCCCUGGGAAAGGACACGCUGCCCGGGGCGGAACCGCAGCACAGCCUGCGCUGGAUGGCACCUCGCAACUCAGAGCUGAGGUGGCUGCGGAGGAGGUGGUUCCAUAGGUUCAUUGGUGACCAGGAGCCCAUGCAGACCGCGGGACUCAGAGCCACGAGGGGUACCGCCGAGCACAAAGGCACCUACGUGGGCUGCUUCAGCGAUGACUCGAAGGAGAGGACACUGAAGGGAGCUGUAUUCUACGACUUACGAAAAAUGACAGUGGCUCACUGUCAGGAGGCGUGUGCUGAGAGGGCCUAUGCCUACGCGGGUCUGGCGUAUGGAGCGGAGUGCUACUGUGGGAACAAGCUCCCAGCCACCGCCUGCAGGCCCGAGGAAUGCAACAGCGAGUGCAAGGGCGAGAAGGGCUCGGUGUGCGGCGGAGUGAACCGGCUGUCAGUCUACAGGGUGGAGGAGCUGCAGGCGGCGGCACCACGACGGAGGAAUGUUAUCUAUCGAGGAUGUUUUAGAGCUCCAGAAAAUUUAACAGACACCUUUCCAGCCUCUUUGAUACAGCCCAAUUUGACGGUGGAGAUGUGCUCUGAAUUUUGCUCCAAGAAAGAGUUCCCCUUGGCAGUGAUCCGGGGGCAGGAGUGCUACUGCGGGUACCCCACGGCGCGCUUCCCACUGCGGCACGGCGCGGACCGGCGGCUGUGCAGCGCGAUGCCCAACGCCAGCAGCGCUGCCGCAGGGGGGUACUGCCAGGCCUACCAGACCCCGGUGCAAGACACCCGCUGUACAGACAGGAAAUUCCUAACCACAAAAUCCAAAGGGUUCAUUGCUUUGUCAAGCUUCCCAGGGGCUGGCAACACGUGGGCUCGCCAUUUGAUCGAGCAUGCCACGGGCUACUACACAGGCAGCUACUACUUCGAUGGAGCCCUCUACAACAAAGGCUUUAAAGGAGAAAAAGACCACUGGCGAAGUAGACGGACCAUCUGCGUGAAAACACAUGAAAGUGGCAAGACGGAGAUUGAAAUGUUUGACUCUGCUAUCCUGCUGAUACGAAACCCAUACAAGUCACUCAUGGCAGAGUUCAACAGGAAAUUCGCUGGGCAUCUGGGCUACGCUGCAGACCGCAACUGGAAGAGCAAAGACUGGCCAGAUUUCGUGAACAGCUAUGCCUCCUGGUGGGCCUCCCAUGUCCUGGACUGGCUGAAGUACGGAAAGCGUCUGCUUGUCAUCCACUAUGAGGACCUGAAACAAAGCCUCAUCCCCAAGCUGAAGGAGAUGGUGGAGUUCUUGAACAUGACAGUGACGGAGGACCGUCUGCUCUGUGUCGAGAACAACAGGGAUGGGAACUUUAAGCGGUCUGGUGCUAAGCAAAAAGAUUUUGAACCAUUCACCCAAGAAAUGAAAGAUCUUAUCAACAGAUACAUCCUGACAGUGGACGAGGCCCUGAGGGGAAGAAACUUCACAGGGCUGCCCAGAGAGUAUGUGCCAAGAUGAUAGCAUGGCAGCACUCAACUGUGCUUAAAAAUAAUUUUUUAAGGAAAAUGAGACUAGACCUUUAUAGCAGCUAAAGCAAAGAUACUUGGGGAGUCUCCUGAGCAAUGCAAAUUCUCUCCACUCUGAGGUGUUCUUCAGGACACUAGGUGUUCCAAAAGGCAAACAGCAGAUAGGAUUUGGUUGGCAGAACAAGGCCAAGCCACCACCAUCUGCCUACAGGUGCUGCUCUACACAUAGACAGCCAGAGCCUCACGGCAGAGCUCUGGUGCUCCUUGCUGAUGGGGAUUUCAUGGCUAUCGGUUUGGAAGCACGCGUACGCAAAGGAGGAAAAAAGUGGCAACACUGAUAAACAAUUUUCAUCUGAGCACUUCAGAAAAAUCUGUUUCUUUCUUCUCAGCACAGCCCACAGCUUCCCUCUGCAGGGCCAUCGGCCUGGCCCAGCCUGGCCCCAUGCUCUCACCAGCCACAGCCCAGUGAUGGAAUAGAGGUCUGCACAGCUGCUCACUGCCCCUGUGCCAGGCGUUGUGCUGGGGAGCACCCAGUGAGCAGCACAACUGGAGGGACUGUGAGGCACUUCUGUUCAUGUGAAAUAAGGGAUUCCUUGAAAACCUGCCCAAAAACAUUAGUUUUAAUAAAACAAGAAGUUUGU